AUGGACGACGCUAAUGGUGGAAUAGGAGAUGAGCUAGACGGAAUUUCUCUUCGAGAUAUUUCUGCAGUUCGAUAUGUUCGCCAUCAUGAAUGGCUGGAACUUGUUGUUGGUACAGCAAUCCCCACCCAUCAAAUACAAAUUCCCAAGAUUUUCACUCCCAUUGACGCAGAUAAUAGCUCACCAUGGUCGUUUAAUGACUCUGAUUCCGUGAAAGCAAAGCUCGAAAGCAUAGAAAAUGAGAUUAAGCAAUUGGAGAGUGGUGCCAAAAGUGGCUGGGUUGAGAAGCCUGAAGAGGCAGCGAAAUCCGAUUUCUAUCGCGCCGGAAUUGCGAAGUUACGAGAAGAUUUUGGCUCUGUCUCAAAGGACGCAGAUUAUUAUGGUGAUAUAACCCUAAAAAUAGAGACAAAGUUUGGAGCGCGCGUAAUAGAAAAGAAACGUCUUCGUCGAGUUGGUGUAGAGGUUGGUGAUGAAGUUAUCGAUGAAGAUGAGGAGGAUAAACCUGAAACAAAGAAGCCUGCUCUUGGCGAGGACAAGCCACAAACUGUCGAAAAGUCGGAUAGUCAGCAAGCUAGUGAAAUUAGCGAUGUUUCUAAUAAGAGCGAAGAUUUUGAUAUAAAAGAUAGCGGCGAUUCCAACGGCACAGGGCCCAAUAUCAAUAAGACCCUGCAAACAGGCACCAGCAGCACAGCUAAUGAGUCGGAAAAUGUUCAGACCAACGGAGAUAGUAUAGGUCAAGAGUCAACGCCGAAUUCUACUACUGAAGUUAGCGAUACAAAUGAUGAAUCCAACUUCUCACAGUCUGUUAAAACAAGUGUUCCGCAAGAGUAUGAUCAGCAAAGCGAAGACCAGCCCGUGUCGGAAGUCCAAUCAGAUUUGCUUUCAUUGGAUCAGGGAGAGGAACUCCUUCUCGGUGAUGACAACCUUGUGGACCUGGACGGAAACAAUGAUAAUGUUGGUGAGGAUAUUUAUAUGGAGGGGACUAGCUUCGAGGACGCUGAGCUCGGCGACGUCCUUGGUAGCUUACCGGAGUCCUAA